GCAUUCGGCACCGGGAGGCGGGGCCUCUGCCCGUUCUACGAGCGUACGCAAGAGGGAGGAGGUGGACUCGCGGGAGGGGUGGGAGAAGAGCGCGCGGAGCUUGUGCGCGCCUGCGCGGUUUCUCCUUCCCCUCCAUUCUCUUCCCCCCUCCCCUCCGCGUCGCUUCGUCCCCGAGGUGUGAAGGGGGGAAAAAACCAGAUACGCUAUGAGGGAUCGAACGCUCGAGCUCCGAGAGAAUGACGACAACUCUGACAGUGAAGAAGCGGAGCAUGAGGUGCUGGUUGUGCGGCCUGGAUCGGCAAAAUUUAGGGACUCCCCAGAUCCUACUGAUGAUUUCCUCCAAAUGACACGUGGUAUCCGUGAGGCAUUGAAGACUCUGGAAAGCAAAGUGGUAGAUCUAGAGAAACACCAGAUCACAAUUUUGGCCACACCACUUCCUGAAGAUGGCAUGAAGCAAGACCUACAGAAAUUACGUGAGGAGAUCAAGGAGUUGGCAAAGGACAUUCGGGCCCGCCUGAAGAAGAUUGAGCCCAAGAAGGGUGAAGAGGAUGAGAAUCGGAACUCUGUCAAGACCCGCAUGAAAAGGACCCAGCACGGGAUCCUGUCUCAACAGUUCUUGGAUCUUAUCAAUAAGUGCAACUCGAUUCAAUCAGCGUACCGAGACCGGAACCUGGAACGGAUCAGGCGACAACUGCAAAUCACUGGCAGUGGAGUGGUGACAGAUGAAGAGCUGGACCAGAUGCUGGAGAGUGGGCAGACAGAGGUGUUUGUCUCCAAUAUCAUGAAGGACACGCAAGUGACGAAGCAGGCCCUGAAUGAAAUCGAGACACGGCACAGUGAGAUACUCAAGCUGGAGCGCAGCAUCCAGGAGCUGCAUGAAAUGUUCAUGUACCUGGCCACGGAGGUGGAGCUGCAGGGAGAGAUGAUUAACCGGAUAGAGAAGGCCAUUCUGGACUCAGAGGACUAUGUCAAGAAAGGGCAGAUUCAUCUUCACACGGCUCAGGAGAACCAGAAGAAAGCCCGUAAGAAGAAGGUCAUGAUCAUCAUCUGCUUGAGUAUCACCGUGGUCGUCAUCAUUGCCAUCAUCUGCAUAGCGGUUGUGGUUGGCUAGAAGGGCUCCCGGUUCCAUCUCUCUCUUUGUGCUGCGUUGUCGGAGCCCGCUGGGAUUCAGUUUUUGGCUUCGUCUGAAUUCUGGAACUGCUGCCCCUCUGCUGGGAGGCCUUUGCACUGAGAAAUGGCUGGUGGAGACGCUUCAUGCCUUCAUCCAGUCGUGAAAGCACAAGCUGCCUGUGGCUGCUACCUUCCCGGCUACCCAGAAUCUAGGACCUCCUGUCUUUUCUCGUACUACGAAAUUAUUUCUGGGGGGUGUAGAGCAAAGCAUGUUCUGCAUUGACUCUUGCCUUCCUGGUUUUCACGUGACUUCUUCCCCCUUUGGUUUGUAACAUUUUGGUACUAUAUUCGUGUGUUUCACCCAUGGUGCACUUCUUUGUCCCUGACCCAGCCACUCACCAACUGACACUUCUGCUGUCAGCCACUUUUGUUACAGAUUCCCCGUGAGUAUUUUCCCCCCUCUGGAGUUCAGACAGAGCAUCUUCUCAAGUUGUCCCAGUUCCUGCCCACCUUCUCAUCCUGAUCAUGGCCACUGUUGCCUUUUUUGUGACCUUUUCCUAAUCACUGCCAUGGAGGAAGUGACCAGUUUGCCAUAAUUUUCUUCUCCCUUCCUUCUUCAUGCCGUGCCACUUUACAGCUGUCCUCUCCCCACACAGGAUGUUAUUUGUGUCUUAACAGGGAGCAAGGGAGGCUUAGGGUAUUCUGCAAAACCUGGGAGGGGGGCGCCUGGAUGUUCUCUUGCACCCAUGGAGCCAAUCCUGUUUGAUGUGCCUAUGAGAGGAGAAGCAGAGACCUGAAUCUGCAACAUCUCGCACUCUGUUGCCUUCGUCUGGAGCACCUUUUGCGGGGGGUUUCUCUUUGAAAGAGGCCUUGACUGUGGGUAGGGAUACAAGGUCUGUUUACCUGAAGCAGAGCAUCGUGAGCCAGGACUUAGUCUGUUGGCUUUUACCAAGUUCUCUGGCUGCUGCCUUCUGUCUUAAAGUCAGGCCAUCCUCAGUGCCUCCUGUUUAUCCGUCCGUGCCCACCCCCUCCCAACGGACGCCUGCCGUCCAUACACCUCUGUUCGUUGGACCUGCUUGUUUCCAGUGCGGAGUGACUUGAAAGCAAUCAGAGUGUCGUUCUGAGAUGGGAGUGGGACACACCCAUGAGCUUUGCAUUGGCUCCCUCAGGAAGCCAGAAUGCUGACUUUGAACUAGCUGGCUCAGAAGCAUGUCCAAGAGCCCAGGCAGGCCCAAGGUUGGGGGUAGGAGCUGAUGGACUAUAGCAAAGGAGGAACUGGGCACCCGGGCUUUGUUAAUCGAACGGAAGCAGGGCCUGCUUGUCCUUGUUCCUGAACAAUUAAAUAUUUUACUACUUUGGAGGUGAAGGGGGGAAAGCCCCAGUUUAAAUCAAAGUAUUGAGCAAACUGUUCCCGUUACCUUGGAGAUUGUGUAAAAAAAAGAGAAAGAAAAGCAGCCUG